AGGAUAACCAGAUGCCAGUUCUCAGGUGUGAUCAUGAGGUGGAGGAUGAGUCAUCAGGCAAUGGUUCAGGACACAGACAGUCCUUACUUGGACCCAUAUGAGGAACAGAGAUGAGUUCUGAGAAGCACCUGACACAUCACACAGCAGCCAUACAAGAAAUGGAAGCUGCUUCAUUCUGGAUGAUGGGCCCACGCAGGAGAGACCCUUGCUCUGCCUGGCAGCCCCAGGAGAGGCUCAGAGAGGUCACCAUGGCAGGAUCGCUUCUCUUGUCCCUGCAGUUCCUGCUACUGACCUUAGUCCUGCGAUCUGCGGGCCAAGAAGGUGACAAGAGUGGGGAGAAGAUUAUUGAUGGAGUCCCAUGUACAAGAGGCUCUCACCCCUGGCAGGUGGCCCUGCUCAAGGGCAGUCAGCUCCACUGUGGAGGUGUGCUGGUCAGUGAACAGUGGGUGCUCACUGCUGCCCACUGCCUGAUGAGUGAAUACAACGUGCACAUAGGCAGUGAUAAGCUGGGUGACAAUAGAUCCCAGAAGAUCCGUGCCACAAAGUCAUUCCGCCAUCCCGGCUACUCCACUCAGACUCAUGUUAAUGACCUCAUGCUUGUGAAGCUAAGUAGACGAGCCAGGCUAUCAUCGAAUGUGAGGAAAGUCAACCUGCCCUCUCGCUGUGAACCCCCUGGGACCACAUGCACUGUUUCUGGCUGGGGUACCACCACCAGCCCUGAUGUGACCUUUCCAUCAAAGCUCAUGUGCACGGAUGUCAAGCUCAUCUCCGCCCAGGAUUGCAAGAAGGUUUACAAGGACCUACUGGGAAAAUCCAUGCUGUGUGCUGGCAUCCCCAACUCCAAGACCAACACCUGCAACGGUGACUCAGGGGGACCACUGAUGUGCAAAGGUACCCUGCAAGGCCUGGUGUCCUGGGGAACUUUUCCUUGUGGCCAACCCAAUGACCCAGGUGUCUAUACCCAAGUCUGCAAGUAUGUCAAAUGGAUAAAUGAGACCAUGAGAAAACAUCGCUGAUCUCUGCAUGCCUCCCACCUCUCCAUCCAUACACCCUCAAUAAGAAAUUCACAGAAAUAAGGACGUGAUGAACUGUAGUCUUAUUUGACCUUACCUUUCCUCAAAGACAAAUUUACGCCUCAGCAAUACGCCACAUGUGUAAACCAAUCAAGUUAGCAAAGACCUAAAACCAGCAUGAAACACAAAAACCUCAGUGCUGGUAGAGAUUCAGUGAAACCAGCACUCUCAGCUGAUGGAACUGUAAAUCAUGCCAUUUUUGUGGAAGGCCAUUUGGCAAGGUGGAUUGAGACCCUUGUUGACCCUGUGACUCUAGUUGAGGAAGAUACUACUCAAAAAAAGAGAAAAAAAAAUCCAAAGUGUAGAGAAUGGUUUGAAUUCAUCACAUUAUUUAUCAUAGCAAAACAGUGGCAACAUGGAACAUGUCCCAGAUUAGUGGAUUGUUUAUGUAAACAAUAAGCCUGUUUGGGACAGGGAUAUUAGGAAGCUGUUAAAGAUAAUAACUUUGCAGAAUUGUUAGUGUUAUGCAAGAAUGUUUGUUAUAUCAUGGAACAUGAAGAAAGAAAGAUACAAACGUGUGUGUGACUCUAGCUGUGUGAAAUGAAAUGUUUACAGAAUAAAAUCUGAAAUACUAACACA